AAGCACUGGUAUACAUAAUUGGUUAAUAAAAACGAUGUGUGUCUAUUAGUGGAAUCUUAAUCUGAUCUCAAUUCCACAUGGCCUGUCCGACCUAAUGAAAAUAGUUUGAAAUGUUAACUAAUAUUACAGUUUUUUAAAGUGUGAAAUCAGAAUGGGUUCUAACAGCUAAGAUCAUACAUCAACUAGGAGUAUAGUCCUACGACCUAAUGAAUGUAAAUGUCUGGAUAGUUUCGAAAGACAAUGACCUUGGCUAAAUGCUGUCUUGUCGUCCCUCUGAUGUGCACUGGGGAUCGAUCAGAGAGUUGUUAAGAUGGCUGGAGUCAAAGGGCAGCUGUCCACUAUAAAUGCCCUGUCUGGACUUCUGUCUGCUCACAGCAUCAUUUCAAACCAAGACAAGCUAGAAGGAGGCUGACUAGUUGAUGCCAUCUUCUCUUUACUUUUCAACGUGACUUAACGCUACAGUGGAUAACACCGCUUCUGUCAAAUGGAAGGCUUGGCAUGGCUCGUCCUUUGCGCGCUCCUCAUCUGCUUUUUCAGGCUUGGCAGUUCGGGGAAACUGUCGCACCAUUCCCGGCAUCACAAGAGCGCACCCGAGUCCAGUUUAGGAAAUCUAAAUUCGUACCAUCCCAACAGGUACCCUCUCUAUAUGAUGCAGCUGUACCGCUCCUUCAAGGCUGCAGACUCCUCACAGUCCACGGCUGUCAACGCCGUCAGUGCAGCCGAUGACAGCCACUUACUGCGGCAUUCUGACUCAGUCAUCAGUCUCAUAGCAAAAGGUUGCCAUCAAGUGGGUGAGAAAUGGACCGUCACUUUCGACAUGUCCUCCAUCUCUGCGACUGACGAUGUCCAGUUGUCAGAGCUUCGGGUCAGACUACCAGCUUUCUCCGCCUCCAAGCGCGUCACAUUGGACAUUUAUCACUCGCGAAAGCAGGACUGCGAGUCUGACACUGAAAUGUGCCGCGACGAGCGCCUUCUCUUGGGCAGCUUUGGCGCAUCGCCCAGUGACACCAAGUCUCCAUUGAACGUUUUCAAUGUAACAGCUCUGCUCAAAUAUUGGUUGCACCAGGGAGACGCAGUGACGGAGAGUCAAGAAGCAAGAGUUGGAGAUGUGAUGGAGGAAGAUCACGGGAGUGGGGUAGAUGGAGAGAUCGACAUGCCAUACAUUAAGCAUUUUACGCACAGGCGAAGGAAGGUUCACCAUCCGACAGCCGAACGGGUUAUGAUGGUUGUCUUCUCCAAGCACAACCUGCCUCGGGAUGGCGAGAGCGCACCCACUCUCAUCCGUACUGUGGAGCACUCCAAAUACGCAAUUUUGGACCAAGUCAGCGGUGAAGCUCAAGGGCGACGCCACAAGAGAAACCGAAUGGAGAGAGUGCGGAUGGCCGGCGGAAUUGCAGCGAAUGGUACUGGGUCACUGGCUGAAUCCGUCCAACGCCCACUAUGUCGGAAGGUGGACAUGUGGGUAGAUUUCGACCAGAUCGGCUGGAACGAGUGGAUUGUGUAUCCAAAGCGCUACAACGCGUUCCGUUGCGAGGGCGAGUGCCCUACUCCGGUGGAUGAAUCCUUCAGUCCCACCAACCACGCAUACAUGAAGAGCCUGUUGAGACUGUACCAUCCGGAUCGUGUGGGGUGCACCUCCUGCGUGCCUACGCGCCUCAGCCCGCUGUCCAUGCUGUACUAUGGUGAUGAAGACGUGGUGUUACGGCAUCAUGAGGACAUGAUCGUGGAGGAGUGUGGCUGUCACUGAUACCCCAGCCAUGUCACCUCACCUUGCAACCAAAAAUACCACUUAUUUAAAACGCUUCACUUAGAAUGGCAUGUUGUGCGUCAUGAAAUGACUCUUAUUGAAGGUGUCCAUCUGAUUCAAUUUAUACUUCAGGCUGUUUGUGGUCUGUAACAUGGAAGAUACAUUUCUUUGAUACUUACUGUAUCUUAUACAGUCAUCUCAGGUGUUCUCAUCUGAAACAACAGCAUUGCAUUUUAGAUGUGUCCUUAGAUUGAGCCAAUGUAUUUACUUUAUGAUAAAAGGUCUACUGUUAUUUAUUUGAAUAUUUCAAGAAGAAAGACUUCACUUUUUGGGUCAUACUUAGGCUGUAUGCAUUUAUAUCGGCAGGGUUUUGGUAUUUAAGAAGUUUAAAGGAAUAUUCUGCCAAAAUGGUAUCU